AAGAAACCCCGUAGUCGAUAGAAUAAAGAAUCAAGUCCAAAAAUGUUGAGCUCAUGGUAAACACGAGAAGGCCGCCAUCACGUGACCAAUGGUGUUGUUGAAGUGUGAGCUGUGUGGUCGAGGCUGAGAGCAGAGGGCAGUCAGUAGGACGGUCAUGAGUGAGAGCAAGACGGCGGAGUGGAGACCCCAGCAGGAGGUGGAGGAACCGCUCGAGGACUUGCAAGGAAUACGAUUCUCACGCAUCCCUCCACAACCCAAAAAAUCGGAGAUAAUGCAGGAAAGCCGAGGCUUGUUCGUCAGGAACGUUCCCCGGGAAAUGACCAAUAAAAACCUGCAUCAGCUGUUCAGCGAGCAUGGCCAUGUUGUGAAUGUGUUCCUGAAACUCACACCACCAGGGUCAAAGUUCAACUGGGCCAUCAUCAACACUGAGAGUGUGAAGGAUAUGCUGUCCAUGAUGUCGGCCUUGAAUAGGAAGCCGCCAUUCAACUUUGAGAUAACAGUGGCCUUCUCUGAGGACGAGAAGAGGCAGAGGAGAAAAAACACUGAGAGUAUGUCUGUCAUUAAGGAUGGGGACAGCCACUGCUCCUCCCCCACACUCCAGACACCACGGAACGGGACAGAAGGGCAAGCCAAGCCCACACUGCCACCUGGUGAUGAGACGGUGUUGAUAGGGAUGGGGAAUGUAAUGAUGGAGAGCAGCCGGCAACAGGCGUGUGUGUUCUGCGGGGCCCAGGGGGAGAUGAGGUGCUCAGUGUGCAAGGCAUGGUACUGCAGCAUGGUGUGCCAGGUAGAUGACUGGUACCUCCACAAGAACACUUGCCGCUCCCCACCGGUUUUGGAUGUUCCACAGAAGGUAAAGAGUAACCUGCGGUAUGGAACAGGUGGUGACGUGUCCACCAGAGAUUCCAGUGCUGUCAAGGUGUCCACUUCCACUCCUUUAUCCUCCUCCUCCAUUGCUGAUAGACUGGAGAGGGAUAUUGGGGGAAUGACACAGAAGAACAUCACUGGGAGAAUGACACAGGAGAAGGACAUUGCUGGGAGAAUGGGGGAUGAGAUGGGUCUUUGUUCUGGGCAGAAGAGUUGUAUGGAGCCAGCAGUGAGGAGCAUGGGAAGCAUGCCUAGCAGGCUGGACGUGACAGAGAACGGCUACAGUUGCGGCAGGGGUGAUGUGCUUAAAGGCCUUACAGAUGAGGGAAGUUGCAGUGCAGGAAGGGGUGCAAUGCUCAAGAGGACUAAUAUGAUGGAUGGUAGGAUUGUGGGAGGACAUGAUGUGUCUCCAAAGAGAAGUAUUGCAGGUGAAAAUGUUGUGGGCAAAACUAUAGCAUUCCAGGAAGAAUUAGAUGAAAGUCUUAGUCUAAAAUAUUCAAUCCCAAAGAAAAGCCUUGCAGAAAUAUCCAAAGAUUGUAAUAAUGUAGAGAGCAAUGCAUCUGCCAAUGACCUGAAAUGCUUGCCUAAGAUUCCAACGCCAGAGAAAUCAGCUGUUCCUCCCAGUGCUGUAGCAAGGACACCUGGAGAGUCGGCCAGCAAUGAAGAAUCAGCUUCAGCUUUACCUGAUACGACAAACUCUUCAAUUGCUUCUGAGAGUCAGCAGAACUUUGGGAGCUUGUUGGAGGUAGGGGAAAUCUACAAUGGUUUUAUCAGCUUGUCAGCCAGUUAUGAGCAGUUCACUGCUGUCAUUGUGGUUGAGGCUGUAUCGUGCAUAUUCAAUGAGGCACAUGAGAUUUUAAGCACAGCCCCAGCAGGUGUCGAUUUUAAGCCGCAGAUUGGGUCUCUUGUAGCUGCUUACUCCCCCACAGAGGAGACCUGGUACAGAGCACGUGUCCUGGAAGUAGAGGGGUCCACCUACAACGUUUGUUACGUGGACUUUGGGAAUAAAGAAGCCGUGAAACAGGUGAAGCCAGUUCCAGAAGGACCUUUCUCUGACCUCCCUGAACUGGCAUUCUUGGCCAGGCUCCACAGUAAAAUUGAAGACCAAGUUCAGGACAAGUUAAAAAGAAUGGUUCAAGUGGACAAUACUUUAAAAUUCAAAGUUAUUGCCAAGAAGGGAUUGUACACAAAAGUUGCUUUGUGUGAAGAUCAAGACGAAAGCAACACCGUUGUUGCUGAGUAUAUUCUUGGACCACUCCUGCAGGCCACUGCGUCUCCAGCCCCACCAGCUGCCUCCUCCCCUAAACCAGAGGCUGCUGUCUCACCUGCCGUCAGGGAGAACACUGACCCAGACUGUGCUGCACCGGCUGCCACCAGACCCAAGGAAGCCAGUCCAUCUCAGAGAGAAGCGGAUGUAAGGAGGAAUGAUUCCCAGAAAGAAAAUGGCGUCAUCAUCAGUCCUGACAAGGGAUCACCAGAGGAGUGUGAUGAUGGCCAUUCUUCAUCAAGAAAUGUGAGCUGCAAGUUGGCAUCCUCUGAGGCUGACAAAUCUCCAUCCUGUUAUGUCAUUGCCAUGAAUACAGUGGACCUGUUACUUCAGCUGGAGGAGAUGUCUGUGGAGAUUAACCAGCAGUGUGAGGGCAGCCCCACCUCCACGUUUCGUCCCAGGCGAGGGGAAGCGUGCCUUGCAAAAUUUGUUAAAGGAGAUGGCAGAUGGUACCGGGCACUGUGUGUUGCAGCAGACACCACCCACUGCCAGGUCAUCUUUGUGGACUAUGGCAAUACUGACAAAGUCUGUCACACCAACAUUCGACCAAUUCCAAGGCAGUUCCUGGGGCUGCCCUGCCUGGCCCUGUAUCUUCCUCAGCAAGAUAUGAACUCAGUCAGUGUGAAGGAAGAAGAGACAGCAGGCCAGGCAAAUCCUGUUGCUGGCUUUACUUUCCUUUCAGCUUUGAACUUAUCACCUGAGGACUCCAAGAGUUAGUUAUGGUCCUGGGCCUCGUCAGCUGCUCGCUGCCUCGUGGUUGUGCUAGUGAACCAACGGCAAGGCGUCCAACUCAUGAAUGUCACAAGAAAGGUAACCUUUAAAUUAGUGAAUACUUAUUCAGGUGACUAGAAAAUUAAAUUGAUUCACAUUGAAGACCAAGAUUCAGAUCCAAGUGGAUAAGCAUGGUCUCACAGGGUCAAGAUGAGGUGCCCUGAUGUACACAGGCCCUGAUGAUAAGCACAAACAUUAUGUAUAUGUUCAUAACACAUUACUGAAGUGUGAAUUAAAACACCUUUGUCCCAAGAGAGAAUCUGUCUGCAAACCAGAGAACCUUCUCCAGGAUAUUAUCCCCAAACAAAACCAAUUGCCUUGAAAUUAAAAGUAUGAAGUGGGUUGCUUGUCACCUCCCUCUACUGAUUUUAACACAGGGAAAUAACAUAAUUGUAAUUGUAUAUUGUAAUUGUAACCUGGCUCAUAAAACAUUUGGGUCAGGUUUGAUACAUGUAUUAUACACAAAUAUCUGAGUUAAAGAAAAAAAAUGUACUCCAUUCAGGGAUAUGUAUGAGUGUCUGGAUGUCAGGCAAUCAGUAUUCACUAUAUUUUAGUAUUGUUAGGAAUGGAUGGGAGAUAUUUGUCAUCAUUUCCUUUGAAAAAUUCUUAGUCCUGCGUCAAGAUUCCUGGUGAGAAAAGUACGCGCUGGUGGUCUGCAGUAUCUUCAGUGGCCUACCUACUGUAUGCAUAUCCCAAUGACAAUCUUGAUCGUUAGAAACAACUUUGUCUACAUUACCUGUUGUGGCUUUCUUUUGGUGGGUACAGUGGGAAAAUGAUAGCAUGCUACUCGCCACAUGCAACCCAUUUCGAACAUUUCAGAGAUUGCCCAUCAUACACAUUUAUGUUAGAAUAUAUUAACAUACUGAACACUACAGAGUGUGUGUUUCGGUGUCAACAACC